AUGGGAAGUCUUGUCCAUUUACCUCUUGAGCUGGAAUAUAGAGCUAGAUGGGCAAUUAAGUUCCUAAACAUGGAGCUAAGUACAGCUCAGGAGAAGAGGGAAAUGGACCUCCACGAGCUAGAGGAGAUUCGCUUGGAUGCUUAUGAGAGUUCUCGAAUAUACAAGGAGAGAACUAAGGCCUUCCAUGACAAGAGAAUCACUCCCAAGGUUUUCAAGGAGGGAGAUGAUGUGCUCCUCUACAACUCAAGGCUCAAGCUAUUCCCUGGGAAGCUUAAGUGUCGCUGGUCAGGACCAUUCAAGGUCAAGGAAGUGUUGCCUUAUGGAGCCAUCACCCUAGUGAACAACAAUGGAGCUGAGUUCACGGUUAACGGUCAUCGGUUGAAGAAGUACAUGGGGAGUCAAAGCAUUGGAGAGGGAAGUUCAAUCCGUCUCCAUGAUCCACCCCAAGCCUAA